CUCGUCUCUCUCCAGUAUAUCUGUUUUCUCUCUCACUCUCAAAAGCUGUGCAUUUUUUUCGCUGCUGAUCACUUCAGAAAUUCCACUCUGAAGCCUUUUUCUUUUCUUUCUUCAAAAACAUCCCAUACAAUGCAAACCCUCAGAUCCGAUUAGUUGCCGAUUUAUCGCUUCCUAAACACUAUCUGAAUCGGUUGCAUUUCACUUCAGGAACUGUGUUGGAGCUUGAAACUUGAUACUGAAGAGAAGAUAAUUUCGAUUUGGUUAUACUAAUAGCAGUCAUUUAGUUUUUCUCACAAAAAUUAAAUGGGUUUUUCUGCAAAAUUGAGUUUUAGAUUGUGGGAACUGCGUUAACUUUUCUGGGGGCUUCUUUGCUAUCUGGGUGUUCAUCAACAUUUGGAGAGGUAAAGAUGUUAGAGACCGAGCUAUAUUCUUCUCGGAUACUUUCUCCUUUCAGAGAGGAAAGUUGUGAUGAAGAGCUUUCUGUGCUUCCUAGACACACCAAAGUAAUUGUCACCGGAAACAACAGAACAAAGUCGGUGCUGGUUGGUUUGCAAGGCGUGGUCAAGAAGGCAGUUGGGCUUGGGGGCUGGCAUUGGCUGGUUCUAAAAAAUGGAGUUGAAGUUAAGCUGCAAAGGAAUGCAUUAAGUGUGUUGGCACGUGCCACUGGAAGUGAAGUAGUAGAUGAAGAUAAUGAUGUUGAUACUAGCAGUGGCUCAGAGAUUUGUUCACAGGACCAUGAUUUCUCUAGUGGCACCGAGUUCCUUAAAUUUAGAAAGCCAAGGGUUCGCUCAACCAGGCCACGCAUUCCAUUAGCAAAUUCAACAAGUUCUAGCGGUUGCGUAGAUGCUGAAUCGAUUAUUCAUCCACUCCAAUCGAAGGUGAAUUUGGCAAAACUAUCAACAGAAUCAUUACGGAGAUAUUGCAGAAGCUUUAACCUUGAGGGUGUGCAUUCCAAAUCAACAAGGGAUCAAAUGCUUAAUGUUGUGCAACAGCACUUUGCUUCACAGCAACCACUGGAUGAGGUGCAAGUGAUUGAAGAAUUCAUUAAAGCUAAAAAGAGAAAGAAACUAGCUGACAGACCAACGGAGUGAGAUUUCUGAAUGUUUGAGACCUUGUAUAAUUAUAUACUCAUAAUCUCUUAACAUAUAGAGUAGAUCUGAUCAUAUACUGAUAUGGGAGAUGGCUCAUUAGUAAAUGACAGUGUCUCAGAUUCUAACCAUGUAACAUUUGGCUGAUGUCUAGUUGACUUCCAGUAGAUAUAUGAUUAAGAUCGAUUAUUAGCUAA